AUGGCGAAAGCAAAGUAUACUCUUGUCCUCAUCCGCCACGGUGAAUCGACGUGGAAUAAGGAGAACAGGUUCACUGGAUGGACCGAUGUGCCCCUGUCCCCUGUUGGCGAGCAAGAAGCUGUGGAAGCAGCCAAGGCUCUCAAGGCGAAAGGCUUCGAGUUUGACGUCGCCUACACCUCUGUGCUUCAGCGUGCCGUGGUCACCUGCUGGACCGUCUUGAAGGGAACGGACAUGUGCCACAUCCCUGUGAAGAGCUCGUGGAGGCUGAACGAGCGUCACUAUGGCGCCCUCCAGGGCCUCAACAAGGCGGAGACCGCAGCCAAGCACGGAGACGAGCAAGUCAAGAUCUGGCGUCGCUCCUAUGAUAUUCCUCCUCCAGCUCUGGAGCAGUCUGAUUCCAGGUGGCCGGGCAAUGACGCCGUCUACAAAAUGGUCCCGAAGGAGGCUCUGCCCCUGACGGAGUGUCUCAAGGACACUGUCGAGAGAGUCCUGCCUUUCUGGUUCGACCACAUCGCCCCGUCCAUCAUGGAAGGCAAGCGGGUCCUUGUUGCUGCUCACGGCAACUCUCUUCGCGGACUGGUUAAGCAUCUGGACAAGAUGAGCGAUGAAGCAGUUCUCGAGCUGAACAUUCCCACGGGAGUUCCACUCGUGUAUGAACUGGAUGAAGACCUGCAGCCGGUCAGACAUUACUACCUCCUGGACGAAGCGGAAUUGAAGGCAAAGAUGGAGGCUGUCGCAAACCAAGGAAAGGCCAAGUAA